AUGGCCGACGGAGAACCGCACCACGGAUACCAACUCACCCCCGAACUCAUCGGCCUACUGGGCGUUGCAGCCGGAGCCAUAAUUGUCACGACGUACCAACUCCUUGUCAUCCACUUUUGUUGCAGCCAAAUGCGCGAAGAAAACAACAUACAACAAGAGCAAACACAACAUGAACAACGUCGUCAAUGGCAUGACGUCAACCGAAACUUCAGAUCAACAACUGUACGCAGCGUUAAUUCGCCCUCCUACAAUAAGGUGAUCCCGGUUUUGAAGUACACCAAGGAAUGCAGUGAAGGAACCUGCGCCGUUUGUUUGUGUGAAUUUACUGACGGCGAGGAAAUCCGUGUGCUGCCGGAAUGUGCACACUUGUUUCAUGUGGGGUGCAUUGACAUGUGGCUCAGCUCACACUCUAACUGCCCUCUUUGUCGAACUGAUAUUAUUCCUAGACGAGCACCGCUACACGUUGUUCCUCCUCCGCAAGAUGUUGAGGCUCCUCCUCCGCAGAAUGCUUUGCCUGCACCACAUGUUGUGAUACUGAUGACAAGUGUUGGAGUUUGA